AUGACGAGGCCUCAGAUUAUACGCGCUGAUACACUCGACCUCCAAGACCAUGAUACACCGUCUGCGAAGGAUCACACAAAACAACCCGAAGCACCAGCUCCUCUAGGGGCCGGCCGGCCUGCCCCCCAUCAAGAAUCGUCGAUUCGUCAUGCGGAAGAGGAUUCGAAAGCGGAGAUAAUGGGUGGACCGGGAGCAGGUGGACAUGGGAUGUAUGAAGAUGGGGACGACACGGACGAUGAUGAUAUGGGAUCAAAUGGACAUUACGAUCAUGAAGAUGGCGAUUUGGCCGAUGGCGAAAGCGAUGAUCUUCUUGAUGAUGAUCUAAUGGACAAAAUCUCUAGUUCUCCCUCAAUUGAUGAUGAGGAUAUUGACUUCGAAUUUGUCUACGCUCUUCACAAUUUUGUCGCAACUGUUGAUGGGCAGGCGAAUGCCUCAAAGGGAGACACCAUGGUUCUUUUGGAUGAUAGCAACAGCUAUUGGUGGCUGGUUCGCGUGGUCAAAGAUGGAAGCAUUGGGUACCUCCCGGCCGAGCACAUUGAAACACCUACCGAGAGACUUGCCCGAUUAAACAAGCACCGUAAUGUCGAUCUCUCGGCGACCAUGCUUGGUGAUAAUUCCGAAAAGUCUAAGAAUCCUUUGAAAAAGGCGAUGCGCCGACGGAAUGCGAAGACUGUUAACUUCGCACCCCCGACAUACAUCGAGGCCUCAGACGUUGAGUACUCUUCGGACGACGAUUCCGAACAUGGCGACUUCUUCAAUGACGAUGAAACCGUUGAAUCGGAAGAAGGGGACGCCCAGGAACAGACUGAAGAUAUUGUGGUGGAACCCCUCAGACCGAAGGCACAGAAGGAAAAGCCCGCAGAGCAGGCAGAGGCGGAACUACAAGAGAAACAAGAGCCGGAGCGUUCGAUUUCGGACCCCCGACGCUCCAGCGAAGAAUUCUUCGACCCAGAAGAACCCACCGUCAGUAGAUCCAGAAAUGGUACUGUACGGAACACGGAUUCCUUCUUCAAGGACGACACUGCCGAACCGAAGAAAAUAUCUCUUACACCUAACUUGCUGCGCGAUGAGUCCAACAACAAUAACAUCAACAAUGGUCUGGCUGAGUGGAAAGAGCCUCGUGGAAGUAUGGAAAGUAUCGAGAGUAAAUUGUCUUCUCAAGAUAAGGUGAAAGAAGAGAAGAAACGCAAAGACAAGAAGUCGGGAAUGCUCAGUGGACUGUUCAAAAGGAAAGACAAGAAGGGCAAAUCAAUCGACGACUAUGAAGAAGCCGAAAGGUCUCCAGCAGAGUCGAAUUUCCGAGCCUCGCCGCAACCGAAGACCUCAUCCGAGUCCCUUUCGCCGGAACAAAGACCGUCCAGGCCUCAGAAACAAGCCACCAACAAACUACAAAAGCAACCCCCAGCGACGAUGUCACCAACGAGAGUCGAGGGUCAGUUUGCGACAGAGGCGGCCAAGGAUGCGAGCCAAUCCGGGCAGUCUAUCCGUCGCGUGGCCUCGGAGGAAUCGGGCAAUAUGGAAUCGAGUCGAGGAAUAGUGACAUCCCCGGUCAGCCAGCCCAGCCAGCCCAGUCCUUCAAAGGACUCGUUUGCAACUGCCGAAUCCAGAGAACAGCUGGUAUCUCCGAUUGAACGAUCUUCCAGCGAAGUACAAUGGCGAGGAACAUACGAACCCAAGACGACAGUGCAGCCAUCCGUGGUCUCGCCACCACAAAAGUUGAUGCCAAGAGUGGUCACCGACUACGAUCGAGCGAUGGGCGUGGAGUCCCCCGUCGAUGUUUCUCCUGUGGGGGAGCAUAUACCCAUCGCCGCCGCCCCAGGGUUGACGGCAGAUGCCGGACCUCGGACGCACUCCACGUCUCCAUUCUCACCCCCGUCGUCUCCUGAAGUCGACGUGAACGACCUGAAGAGUAGCGAGGCUGCUCCAGGUUCUGUGGACACAUUUUCAGAUACCCCGACCUGGAGUGACGCUAGCUUACGAACCUACAUGGACGAUGAAAAUGACAUUCGCGACCUAUUCAUUAUUGUCCACGACAAGUCCAAUAUUCCCCCGGCUGGGACUGAUCAUCCGGUUACUGGUCGCCUUUUCAAGGAAGAGAGCAAACGUCUAAAAGAGAUGAACAAUCAACUCGACGAGAUGCUUGUGAACUGGAUGUCCCAGCGAGCGAGGAACAACAGCCUGCGAAGCCCGCAGAGCCCGACCGCUUGA